UUGGUUUCUAGAGACUUAUGUUUAUGCUACUUCAUCAGAAUAUCUCACUUGCACAAGAAGAAACGGACUAGUUAAAGUCUGCAAGUAUUUAUAAUUGCAUUAUGCAUUAACUCACAAAGGGGUGGUUUUUCUUUCUCUGAUCAAAUUCAUUCUCGUAUUUUAUCAUCCAUUUAUAUUGUUGAUUAUAAUCUGGUUACAGCUCUGCCUAUGAGCAAGGAAAGUUCUGAGACAUCUUCCACCAAAGGGCUUCCAGAUGGACGUGUUGUGAGUUAUGUGGAAAGGUAAAUUACCUGGUUUAUUGGCUAAAAAGUUUUUUAAGUAUAUUUUGCAUCGCCAAAAUCCUGUGCAGAUAUGAAUUUCCUCACUAUUGGAUCUCUCUGCAGCGAGUUCAUUGCGGUUGUAUUGUUUCUGCAUCUGCUCCUACAUUGCUUGACAGGGCCGAUCCUGAACCAAGUUUGAUGAAACAUUUGGUUCAUAUUCCCAAAAUUUUUGAAAAUUAUAUAUAAAUAUAAGUUCCUAAAAUUUAUGGUCUCUAAACUGCUAAAUUUUUUACUAAAUAGUCUAUGAUCCCCAAAAUUUCAGGACCGACCAUGUUGCUGAAUGCCGAAGAAAUUGAGUAAUUGACUUGUGCACGAAAAAAAGUUGCUUUGGUGAGGAAGGAAUUCACAUUUUUAUUUUCUCUUAUAGAACUCCAUCCUUAUAUCUUUUUUUGAGGCCAUGAUAAAUAUGGUUCGUCAUCAACUCUAAAUAAUCAUUUUAGCAAUCUUUUUACCAUGAAUCAAUACCACAUCACAAUUCAUAAACCAUGAUUGACCUUUUCACCUUUUAGUUAUUGUAAAUAUUGUUCACUUGUGUGUGUAUUUCAUAAAAAGUAGCUGUUAUUUUUUCUGGAACAAUAUGGAAUGAAAUGAAAUGGUUUUUCAUUUCAACUGUUGAACAUUUUGUGGAAUGAGAAGAAAUUAAGCAUUUAGAAAGAUGGAUUUCAGUUGCAUUCUAAGAUUAUUUUCUAUGUAUUAUUACCCCAAGUUAUACCAGAGGUACCUUGAGUGGUCUCCUGAGAAUUGCUAUUCUUGGAGAAGCUAUGCUGAGUUUGAGAUGUCUCUUUCUGAAAAAGAUCGUGCUAGAGCUAUUUUUGAACGUGCAAUCUCUCAGACAGCUCUAGAUAUGCCCGAGCUGCUAUGGAAGACGUACAUUGAUUUUGAGAUAUCAGAAAAAGAGUUAGAGAGGACACGAGCUUUAUAUGAGCAACUCUUGGAGCGUACAAAGCAUUACAAGGUGUGGGUUAGCUUUGCUAAGUUUGAAGCUUCUGCUACUGAACAUAAAGGUGAAGAAGACAAAGAAGAAGUUGCUAUUGAAACCAAAAAAGACUGCAUCAGACGCGCUAGAGCGAUCUUCGAGAGAGCCAACGCCUACUACAAAGACUCUGCACACAAAGAAGAGCGUGCUACACUUUUGGAUGAUUGGGUUAACAUGGAGGCGGGAUUUGGUAGCCUCGGGGAUGUUAGUGUCGUUCAGUCGCUUCUCCCAAAGAAGCUCAAGAAAAGAAAAGCCAUCAGUAGAGAAGACGGCUCAACAGCGUACCAAGAAUACACUGAUUAUUUGUUCCCAGAUGAAUCACAGACGAUGGCUAAUCUUAAGAUUCUUGAAGCUGCUCAUAGAUGGAAGAAGCAGAAGGCUGGGGAAUGCGUCUGACUGUGGUUAACAUAAUGUUAUGUGGUUAUGUAAUAGUUUAAAAUAACAUAAAAGUAACUACUAGAUGAUGUUAUUGUCUCGUGCUGAGCGUAGACUAAAUUAAAUACUACAAGAAAAUGUAUUAGAACUUUUGUGUAUGUGUGUUGAUUUGUGAUCGAAUCUAAAAACGUUUUUAAUCA